AUGAAUACUUCCAGAAGGUCUACUAUUACUGGCGAAAUAGAUAAGUACCAGUUUGUUUGCAACAAGUUUUGGAAACCCAAGAACGAUGACCACGGUACUGUGACUGCACCUAACCUUGAAAUGCUAGAAGAUCCUUGUGAAGAUGGGAAUGAUGAUGAUGAGGAAGACAAUGCCAUUGUGGUUGCUAAUGAUGCUACUGAGAAGAAGAAGAAAGGGAAGAAAAGGAAAAGAGAAAAGAUAAUACAGACUGGGUGCAAAGCCAAGAUGAUAGCAAAAUUCAUUGAUGGCCGUUGGGAAGUCACUUAUUUCAUUGCUGAGCAUAGCCAUCCAUUGAUCGACAAACCUUCCUUGACUAAAUAUUUACGAUCACACCAAGGCACCCCCCCAGAAGAGAAGAUGUUUCUAAAGAACCUUCAUAAGUGCAACUUAACUACAGGUGAAUUAUGGUAG